UGUGUCAGCCUCAGUCUGUGCAAGUGUGUCCUCCAGCGACAAGGACAAGGAAGUCCAGCCGAGUGCGCAGUUCCUCCUGGAAAGGUUGAGGAGAAUAUCAGCGACAAUGCUUCACACAAGGGGCCUCAUCUGGGGGUUGGUUUUAAUCGGCUGUGCAGCUGCCCUGCAGGUCAACAUACACCCCACUCGAGGCAGCAAGCAUGUGGGAGAGACCACAUAUUUCCGCUGCAGCGUGGACGGAGGUGACGCUAAAGACAUAACCUGGUACGACCCUAGAGGGAGGACCAUCGAACCUCAUGAUCCAGAUCUUUAUGUGACCCGCGACGGACUCACGUCGGACAUCGUGAUACAGCGCAUCACCCUGGAUGACACUGGCUUAUACAAGUGCGUGGCAAAGAAUGAUGUCGAGGAAAAAGUAGCAGCGGCCACGUUGGAAGUCUUCCAAAAGAUCACCUUCCAGGAUGUUCCCAGUCCACAGACGUUCAAUGAGGGGGAGGACGCUGAGAUCAUCUGCAACGUGGUCAGCACGCCACCUCCAAACGUCUUCUGGCGCUAUCAGGACGCCAUGAUCAACUACGACAACCAGACGAGGUUCCGCCAGUUGAGCAACCACCACCUGCAGAUCCGUGGCAUCAAGAAGAAAGACGAGGGCAGGUACACCUGUGAGGCUCGGAUCCCGAGACUGGGAGAACUUGCCUUCAAACAGGUCGAGGUCAGAGUGACCGAUCAGGCCAAACCCGCCGAGACCAAGGUGGAUGAUGCAGUCACCAUGACCUGCGCGGCCUCUGUGGACCCGGCACGCAUGUGCACCUCCUGCAACCUCGGCAACGUGGAGUUCUCAGACGGAGCACAGAGCCAGGCCAGGCUGUCCUCCCUUGUCUUUAAGAAUUUCCAGUUCGCCAACGCCGGCCAGUACCUGUGCAUCCCCAGCAAGCCCGGUGCUCGGAGCAGCGAGAGCGUGCACCUGGCAUUUGAGUAUGCUCCCAAGAUUUCGGGAGAGACGACUGUUUACACCUGGGAGGGAAACCCAGCCAACAUCAGUUGUGAGGUGGAUGCUUUCCCUGCUGCGCUGGUGGUCUGGUCCAGGGAUGGCGUGCAGCUGCCCAGCAGCAACAUGACCAACAUCAAGAUCUACAACACACCGGAUGUCAGCUACCUGGAGGUCACCCCAGAUUCUCAGAGUGGCUUUGGGAACUACACCUGCACUGCAUCCAACAUGAUGGGAAAAAAGUCCAAGGAAUUCCUCCUCACUGUCGCAGGUAUGCCGUCGCCACCCAAAAUUCAGCUCGUGGAACCGUUUGCCGAAAAAGCCGCGGUGGUGUUCACGGAGCCGGACUCCUCUGGCCCGCCCAUCCUGUUAUACAGAGUGCGAUGGCGUCUGCCAGGCAAGCACUGGGUCAGCAGCGUCCACAGCUUUGAAGAAAACAUGACCCGAGUCACCAUCAAUGACCUGGCGCCGGAGACCACCUAUGAGGUGAAGAUGUCUGCUAUCAACAUCAGAGGCGCGAGUGAGAUGAGCCCGCCCACCACCUUCAAGACAAAGUCAGUCAGUGCAUCUCCUCCAAGUGUGCCGUCUUCACCUACAAUUCAGCUGGUGGAUCCGUUCUUCAGCGACGCGGUGGUGGUGUUUACGCCGCCUGAAUCCUCUGGUGGACUGCCGAUCAUCCACUACACACUGGAAUGGCUUCUACCGGACGGGAGCUGGGUCAGCAGGCUCUACGUGGCUCAAGAAAACAUGACCCGGAUCACUAUGGAUGACCUGAAGCCAGACACCAGCUAUCAGGUCAAGAUGUCUGCUAGCAACGCCGUGGGCACCAGUGAGAGGAGCCCAGCCACCACUUUCAAGAUGAAGGCCAUCACUUUGCCAUCAACACCCGAAAUUCUGCAGGUGAAGGCCACGACCACCACAGCCAAGGUCGUCUUCAGUGACCCCGGGUACUCUGGAGGUCAGCCGAUCAUCCAGUACAAACUGCUGUGGCGUACCCCGGGUAGCCAGGACUGGUACAGCAGAGAAUACACCACCGAAGAAAACUUGACCCAGCUCAUCAUUGAUGACCUCACGCCGGGGGCCACCUAUGAGGUCAAGCUGGCCCUGAGGAGCGCCGUGGGCUGGAGUGAGACCAGUCCUUCCUUCACUUUCCAUACGGAGCCUCUCAUUUGGUGGCACCGUAUUGAAUUCAUAGAUGACGAGAUCACACCUUGAGCUGCGUGGUGUCUCCGCACUGCUAUCUGUAUUACGUUCUUCCACAAUUGUACUUCAACUUUUCAACAUUUCUCUUCACUUCUCAUCAGUGUAUGAAAUAAUAAACACACCUCUGUGAAAA